AUGGCUUUUUCCUCUGUGACAUCCACUAUCGAGCUCAACAACAGCCCGAUCAGACUCACCGGCCCUUACGGCGACUGGCGGGACGACCUCGCAUCCCAAGGAUAUGUGGUGAUCAAAAAUGCCAUCCCACAAGAAAGGGCACAGCAGUAUCAACAAAAGGCACUCGACUGGCUGAAAUCUUUCAGCCCAUCCCUAGACCUAAACGAUCCAUCCACCUGGCGCGAAGAGAAUCUCCCCGCCACGCACAAGUUCAAUCUCUACAAACAGUACUCCGUCACGCACGAAAAGUUCAUGUGGGAAGCCCGACAAGAACCCAAGGUACUUGAAGCAUUCGCCAAAAUCUGGGGCACCGAGCAGCUGCUAGUCUCGUUCGAUGCGUUAAACAUCACUCUUCCAAACAGACAGGAUAAACCACCGAACAAGCCCUGGCCGCAUGUGGACCAGUCGCCGCUGCGUCGCGGUCUGCACUGUGUCCAGGGAAUUAUUAAUCUCAGUCCCGCAGGUCCGGAGGAUGGAUCCUUGAUUCUUCUGCCGAGGUCAAACACCAUGACGGAGAAGUUCUUCGACGAGCAGACCGAUCCGUCGACCUGGCUGAAAAAUGAUUUCCGGUCCAUCAGCGAGACAGAAAUGGAUUGGUUCAAGGGCAAGGGAAUGGAACCCAUCAAAGUGCUUGCCGAUCCCGGGGAUCUGAUUCUCUGGGAUUCACGGACUGUUCAUUGGGGGGGAGAGCCGACGGCACAGAGCGAUACUAUCCGCACGGUCAUCUAUGCCUCGUACUCGCCUGCAAGCAUGGCGUCGAAGGAGACUUUGGAGGCAAAACGGACGGCCUUCCGCUCGUACGGGGCCACUACGCACUGGGCUCAUGAUAAUAUUGUUCUCCGGGACCCGCUAGUGUAUCUACCGGAUGGGACUGUUGAUCCUCGGAAUCGAUCGAAGCCUCUGGAAGAGGCGGCUCAUACGGAUAAGAUGCUGAAAUUGGCGGGUAUGAAGCCAUACUAG